AUGGCCUUCGCUACCGCCAAAAUCACGGAACUGCCACUGCGCAACGCCCUCAUCCGCGCCUCCUCCGGCUCUGGCCAGAGCUCCCUCCACCUCCUCUUCGCCUCUCCGACGCCGCCGCGGCGGCGGCCUCGCGCACUCGAACGGCGCUGCUUCUGCCAGUCCCUCCGCACGACCAAUCCUCGAGACGCCAGCUCCUCCCACGGAAGGAGCGGCGGCAAGCCGCACUCCGCCCCGUGGCUCAACAAGUGGCCACCGCCGCCGCCGUCGCCGCCGAACCGCGAGACCGACGAGGAGUCGCCCGGCGAGGUCGCCGAUUCCGAUUCCCGCGGCGAGGCUGAGCGUAGGUACUCCGGUAACGAUAGAGGCCAGAAUGCGAUCGAGAGGAUCGUGCUCAGGUUGAGGAAUUUAGGAUUGGGGUCGGACGAUGAAGAGGAAGGGGACGAGGAGGAGGGGGAGGGCGAAUUCGGAGCCGCGCGGCCGACCGGAGAGGAGAGGCUAGGUGACCUGUUGCGUAGGGAGUGGAUUAGGCCGGAUAGUUUCCUCGAGGAGGACGAGCGUGAGGAGGACGACGCGGGGUUGUUGCCGAGGGAGAAGGAAGGCAAGGGAGAGGUCAAAGUCGAGGAGAAGGUCGCCGGGGGGAUGAAGAGGUCGGUGAAGGCGCCGACGUCGGCGGAACUCACGAUCGAGGACGAGGAGCUUAGGAGGUUGAGGAGGACGGGGAUGUACCUUAGGGAGAGGAUUAGCGUCGCGAAAGCGGGGAUUACGCAGGCGGUUUUGGAGAAGAUACAUGAUAAGUGGAGGAAGGAGGAGGUCGUGAGGCUUAAGUUUCACGAGGUGCUCGCGCACGAUAUGAAGACCGCGCACAAGGUCGUCGAGGUCGGGCCCUCAUCUGAGAUUAAGUUGCCACUUUAA